CCCUUUGCCAGAGCGCGCGGCUGCGGCCCGCGCCGUGCCCACCUACGUCGCCGCGCCGCAGCAAACGUGCGAAGGCCUCCCAUGCCCACGCCGGCACCGCGGCACGCCAUUCUCCACACUGGACCUUCCGCUGAGCUAUGCUCCUCCUCACAAGGCUGGCCAAACGCGGAUGCUGCUCUCCGACGACCUCCCCGCGUGUCGCUCAUGCCGCUCUCGGCUGGAACCGGUUUUUCCACACCGGCGACGCGCACAAUGUGUUCGGCGCGAUGCCUGCACCGGACCACAGGCAGUGCAGUGCGCUGCUCAGGUCGCGCACCGCGAGCGGGGAUCACCACGGGUCCGUCUGUCUCGUCCGCGGGAUACUCGGGCGGGGCCUCCGGCCCGACAGGCUCGCGUUUGCUGCGGCGAUCAAGUCGGCGUCGGCGCUCCCCGACGGCGGCGCCCUGGGGAGGUGCCUCCACGGGUUUGUUGUCAGGCUCGGGAACGCUGCGGGCGUGGCGGUGGCGAAGGCGAUCAUGGACAUGUACGGGAGGUGUGGGGCUCUCACGGACGCCCGCCUGGUGUUUGAUGAAAUGGGCUGCCCUGACGCGGUAUGUUGGAACAUCCUGAUCACUGGGUCCUCCCGGGCUGGGUUUUUUGACGACGUAUUUGCCUUGUUCCGGUCGAUGCUUGCGUGUGGUGUAGAUGAGAGCAUGCCAACUGCGGUCACCGUGGCUGUCGUCAUUCCGGUAUGUGCAAAGUUGAGAGAUUUGACGGCUGGGAGGAGUGUCCAUGGCUAUGCCGUCAAGACUGGGUUGGAAUCUGAUACUUUGUGUGGGAAUGCAUUGGUGUCCAUGUAUGCAAAAUGUGGCGCAGGUGGAAUCACGGAUGAUGUGCAUAGAGCCUUUUCUUCAAUUCAUUGCAAGGACGUUGUUUCGUGGAAUUCGAUCAUCGCAGGAUACUCCGAGAAUGGGUUGUUCGAAGAAGCACUUGUACGAUUUGGUCAGAUGAUCUCUGAGGGAUGUCUUCCGAAUUAUUCAACAGUAGCUAACAUUCUUCCUGUAUGCUCGUUCAUGGAGUAUGGGAGGAACUAUGGCAAAGAAGUGCAUGGUUUCGUGUUCCGGUUUGGCUUAUAUAUGGACAUAUCUGUUUGUAACGCGCUGAUGACUCAUUACUCCAAGUUGUGUGAAAUGGGGGUUGUGGAAUCAAUAUUCAGAAGUAUGAAUUCGAGAGAUAUUGUUACAUGGAACACAAUAAUUGCUGGAUAUGUGAUGAACGGGUGCCACUCUAGGGUGUUAGGCCUGUUCCAUAGGCUUCUGUCUACAGGAAUGACCCCUGAUUCUGUUUCUUUCAUUAGUCUGCUCACUGCUUGUGCUCAAGUAGGUGAUGUGAAAGGUGGGAUGGCGGUCCAUGGUUAUAUUUAUCGGCAUCCAGUACAUCGCCAGGACACAUCCUUAAUGAAUGCUCUUAUUAGUUUCUAUAACCAGUGUGACAGAUUUGAUGAUGCUAUUCAUUCUUUCGCUGAUAUUUUGGACAAGGAUUCAGUAUCAUGGAAUGCAAUUCUAUCAGGCUGUGCUAACAGAAAAGAACAUAUUGAGGAGUUCGCCGAACUCUUCUGUGAAAUGUGCCGCAAGGUAACUCGUUGUGACCCAGUCACAAUCUUAAAUUUUAUCCGCAUGAGUACCUUCUGUGGUGCUAAGAGGGUUCGGGAAGCUCAUGCAUAUUCCUUGCGAGUUGGUUACAUUGGGGAAAUAUCAGUUGCAAAUGCUAUUCUAGAUGCAUAUGCAAAGUGUGGUCAGCCGCAGGAUGCAGAUAUACUUUUCAGAAACCUAGCCGGUCGGAACAUUGUAACAGGCAAUACUAUGAUUUCUUGCUACAUGAAAAAUAACAGUGUAGAUCAAGCUGAGAGAAUCUUCAACCAAAUGCCUGAGAAAGAUAGGACAACAUGGAAUCUCAUGAUCCAGUUGUAUGCACGUAAUAAUAUGUGUGAUCAAGCUUUCAGUCUGUUUCAUCAGUUGCAGUGUCCUGAUACUGUUGGCAUUACAAAUAUUCUCCUGGCUUGCAUCCAUUUGAGUUCGGUACAACUUGUGAAACAAUGCCAUAGCUACAUGCUCAGAACAUCCCUAGAAGACAUCCAUCUUGAAGGAGCACUUCUUGAUGCAUAUUCAAAGUGCGGGAAUAUAACCAAUGCAUACAACCUAUUUCGAGUUAGCCCUAACAAGGACCUGGUCACAUUCACUGCCAUGAUAGGAGGCUAUGCAAUGCAUGGAAUGGCAGAAGAGGCAGUGGAGCUGUUUUCUGAAAUGCUUACGCUUGACAUUAAGCCAGACCAUGUAGCUCUAACUGCUCUGCUGUCAGCCUGCAGUCAUGCUGGGCUUGUUGAUGCAGGAAUCAAGGUUUUCAAAUUUGCCAGAGAUAUUUACAGAGUUGAACCGACAGCAGAGCACUACACAUGCAUGGUUGACCUUCUUGCCCGCGGCGGGCGUCUCCAAGACGCAUACAGUUUUGCAUUGGAUAUGCCCCCUCACAUGGUCAAUGCAAAUAUAUGGGGUUCUCUGUUAGGAGCAUGCAAGGUCCAUGGAGAGGUCAGAAUCGGCCAGCUCGCAGCUGAUCACUUGUUCUCCCUGGGGGUUGGGGACAUUGGGAACUAUAUCAUCGUGUCAAACAUAUAUGCGGCUGAUGAGAAAUGGGAUGGUGUGGAGCAAGUCAGGAAAUUGAUGAAGUCCAAGGCUAUGAAGAAACCUGCAGGAUGCAGCAGGCACUUGUUUAUAGCCAGUGAUGUUAGGCACCAAGAUGGUUAUUUUACCUACGACAUGGUUAGAUUUUUGUAUCAGCAAAUCAAAGAUGCACAAGCAGGCAAAGAACAUUCAGUGACAAGUUUCAAUAUUAGUGCAAUUGACCUGGUCACAGGAUUGCAGAAACUUGAAUUGGAGUUUUUCUUCUCAAACAUUUCUUUGGAGAUCUUCCCAUCCAUAGUAUUUAUCCUUCUGAGAGUUGAGACAAAUAAGUAACAUGGCUACGGGCCAUGACAUGCAUCUUGGAGUUGAAGCAAGCAUCAAAUAUAUCAUGUGCCACUUCCAUUGGAAUUUUCUUAGGCUUUCUACCCAGUACCAAUCAAGGUUCAGUCACAUCUCAUUUUUCAUGCCUUACAUCACAACAAUGUUGUUUGUUUCUGACAUUUUGUUGUCUUGUUAAUGUUGUAUUAUGACCCUGAACUACAAAAUAUGGUUGCUGCUGAUUAAUUUUACCUCCAGAGGAAAAAGUAUUGCUUGUUUUGCUUUGGGUGAGACUUGCAAGAAAGCAUUCUUUUUCAUA